UGCGAAUACGAGAGACGAAGAAACGAUCCGGAAGUUUGGAAAGAAUCACUAAGCUAGCUAAGAUUUAGCUAUCAUUUUUUGUUUUAUUUUGAGCAGCCGGUUUAGAUAAACAUAGAGGAAAGAUGGUUUGUGAAAAGUGCGAGAAGAAGCUUGGUAAAGUGAUCACACCUGACACCUGGAAGGAUGGAGCACGGAAUACAACAGAGGGUGGUGGGCGUAAGCUGAAUGAAAACAAGAUCCUGACUUCUAAGAAAGCCAGGUUUGAUCCCUACAGCAAGACAGGCUUUGCUACCUGCAGGAUCUGCAAGAGCUCAGUCCAUCAGUCUGGAUCACACUACUGUCAGGGCUGUGCAUACAAGAAAGGAAUCUGUGCGAUGUGUGGAAAAAAAGUUUUGGACACCAAGAACUACAAACAAACAUCUGUGUGACCGGGUGCAGAUGAGAGAACAGUUCUACGAGCAAAUGACGCAAGGAUGAGACUGAUGGUGCAUGUUUGUCAUCUUGUCAGGUUUUCAGUAUUUUUCCACCAUGUCUUGUCAUAGACAGCAAUAAGUCUUUACUGUUCGCCUUCCCCCCAUGUGAAAGAGAGAUUUGAAGGUGGCUUUGCCCUCUUAUUGUAUAAUAUCAAAUAAUGCCACAAUACAAUACAUUACAAUGACCAUAAACAGGGAAGAACUUUUGUCUAUAAAUACACCACAUUGUUAUCACCUGUUUCUCAAGCUGACGCUUCUAGAUUUUUUUGUAAAUUAUUUUAAAUUCAAUACUACUCAAUUCAAGACUUGAAUUAUUUACUUUUUAAAAUAGCUAUUUCUGUAUGUAAUAUAUCAAGUGUUGCAUUUUUGAGUGAAUUAAAGCAUUCUGUAUGA